CGAAGAAGAAGAAGGAAAGCACGAGCUGUCAGUGUAUUCGAGUCUCGUGAACACGCCUGUUGAACCAGUAUUUCCAAACACGAGCUGUGCCUGUGUGUAGAGCAUGCUUUGAUGACUGACAGUCACAGGGGGCUUCCCUAGCAGCCAGCUGUCAUGAGAACAACAGAGUUUGACUCUUCUGAUGAGGAAGACACAGGAGAAGAGCAAUCCACCCCUUUUGAGAUCUCUUGGCUGUCCUUGGCUGCGGUAGAUUGUCCGCAGUCUUUGGGUAUUUGCUCACUACCAGGAUGCAAAUACAAAGACGUGAGGAGGAACCUGCAAAAAGACCUGGGUGAGCUGCAGGAGCAGGGUGUGCAGGACGUGUUUGUGCUGUGCACGCGCGGGGAGCUGCAGCGCUACCGGGUGCCGGGUCUCCUGGAGGCCUAUGGCCAGUAUGACCUGACCACCCACCACCUCCCCUUCCCGGACGGCUGUGCCCCUGAGCUGCCCCACUGCUGCGCCAUCCUGGAGGAACUGCAGGAAUGCCUACAGGCCAACCGCAGGACCGUCAUACAUUGUUAUGGAGGUCUUGGUCGGUCGGCUCUCAUCGCGGCCUGUCUGCUGCUGCAACUCUCCGUCUCCAUGACGCCCAAUAAAGCCAUAGAGAUCCUGCGGGAGCUGAGAGGGGGCGGGGCCAUUCAGACAGUCAAGCAAUACAACUUCCUUCACGAGUUCCGGGAAAAGUUUGCAGAAUACCAGGAGACCAAAGCUUUCUCAGAGAGGUCGGUGUCCCGAUAACGAGCAUACGGAGCGAAGCCUUACCGAGACGGGAUUCUGUCUGUGAGCAUCCAGCAUCGCAUCAUCAGGGAAUACACUGCUUUGUUGUUGGAUGUGAACAAAAAAAUAUGAAUUGCUUUUGUUAAAUAAUCAGUGAAUAUUUGUUUGUACUGCACUUUAAAAAUGCAAUUUGGUAAUAA